UUCAUUACACGUUUACGCCCCCGUACCACAUUUUCCGAGUUUUGACUUAGCGGCUCUAAAAGCUUGAUUUCACCUAUUUUGAUCAGUUAAAAUUAAAAUUUUGCCUUAUUUAAACCAUGGAAGCCAUGCAGAAAGGCCUAAACGCUGAGCUUGAAGUAUUAAAAAAGGUUCAGAAAGAAUACCAGAAAUCUGUCUCAGCGCAUCAGCAGCUUGAUGCGCAGUUGAGUGAAAACAAAAUUGUGAAAGAGGAACUGGACCUUUUGAAACCCUGCAACACAGUUUACAAAAUGAUGGGCCCUGUUUUGGUAAAGCAGGACAUCGAAGACGCCAAAAUGAAUGUAGACAAGAGAAUUAAGUACAUCACUUCUGAGCUUGAGAGACAAAACAAGCAGCUUGCCGACCAAGAAGAAAAAAUGCAGAAGACGAAAGAAAAUUUGAACAAAAUCCAGAGCCAGAUGCAGCAAGUGCAGAUGAAGUCGAUGCAAGGACAAGCUUGAACACAAUGACGAUCUUCUUUAUUUUUAACUUAUUUUUCAACUUUAAACUUCUCAUUGGCUUACCUUCGCAACAUUCAGUCCAGAAACUCAGCUCGAUUUGUGGUAACUCUUCACAAGACAUGAUUCCUGAUCUCUGUUUUGACGGCAGCAGGAAAACGUCCUUGGUCAUGCGGUCGAUGGCGUCUCCGUUGUUACACAGAACGGCCGCCAACGAUGACUGCCGAAGCUGCGUCAACUGGGCUGGCGUGAAAACCGCUGGGUCCUCGUACCAGAAUCUGCAAAUAAAUAAUUCAGCUUUUGAAACCCGAAUAUUCCAAUCUACCUGUCGCCGUCUCUGAGUCUGCGGAAUUGAUCAACCAGGAUGCACUGGAAGGUAGGUCCAAUUUUGCCUCCGUCAACUUGGUCUUCGAGAAUUCCGCCCACAAACAAAUCAAUGUUUCCUGCAAUGAAAACUCUUUUGUUAAUCCAUUUUGCUUUGUCUUCUAAUUUUAAAUUGAAAUUCUUAAUAAAAUUAAAAAGUAUAAUAUUAAUCAUAUUUUCAAUUAUACACUUUUGCAAUAACUUAACCUGGGUGCCCAUAAAGUUUCUUUAAUUUCUCUCGGA